ACCUUCGCGUCAGAGGCAGACGAGCGGCGUGAGACGCCACCGGAUCGCUGGGUUCAUCUACUCACCCUCUUCAGGGGAACCGUGCUUCUGAACCAGUUGUAGUCCGGAGACACUUUGAUUUCCUCCAUCUGUAACAAGAGAGGGAAACGCCUGAGACACAAGGCGCGUCUGCACAAGUCUUAAACGCCAAACCAACACAGAGACACGUCUGAAAAGCCUCCAUCUACGCGACGUAUGGAAAACACACGCUUGACUGCAGGUGACACAGACGUGCGGUGGAAACAGGUUAUUUAGAGAAGCCGAGCGGAAACUGGUGACACGCAGCACAUGAACGCGCUGGCAGAGAAACACUCACUGUGAAUGUGGCGUAUACCGAACACGCUACAUUUACCGUCUCGGCGCUGGCGGCGGUCACCGUGAGGGGUGAAUUUUAUCCAUAACUCGGCGGCAUGUCGCCCGGCGGCUGGUCAUAUGACUCGCUGUCAGCCACUUCCGCCAACGCUGACGCGGCUACGUCGCUCCAGCUAACUGUAGCUUCAACCUCGAGCCUGCUCAAUUAGAGACUGUCGCACAAAAGAAUGGAUGGCAGCGCAGUAAUAAUGCAUUAUAAUUCAUAACUACUUAAAAUGUGUUGUAGUUUAUCGCCUUCAGGUGUAAAUCUGGCGUGCUGUAACCCCCGGCCUCAUGGGGGCAGUAGAGAGUUUCCUGAACUUCUGAACACCGAAAGCGGAAGUCUACUCGGAAAACAUGGCGCCUACAGACGUCUGUGUUUUGGUGUUGAUGUUUCUUUAGUCAAACAUGAAUCCAAUGUUUCACCACGUCUCAUCGGAAGACACAUACACGCCCCUCUACUGCUUAAAACUAUUUAAAUUAUCACGUUCAGGGGGAAAUCUAACGCGUUGUAUCCCCCGGCCUCAUGGGGGCAGUAGAGAGUUUCCUGACCUUCUGGAAUUACAGGAAGCGGAUUCGUCUACUAGGAAAACAUGGCGCCUACAGACGUGUUGUGUUGUGGUGCGGAUUGAUCUUUAGUCAAACAUGAAUCAAAGGUUUCACCGUGUCUCAUCGGAAGACACCUACCCGCCGCUCUAUCAGGACGGCUUCCACGGGGCAGCAUCGAACUCACCGGCCCUUGAUUCUAAAGCCGCUAACGCCGCCCAUGACCAGUGGACGCGCCGUCUGGCCCCGGACUUCUCCUUUGGGAGCCCCUUUCCUCCGCCUGGUCCCCAGGGCUUUGGAGCUCAGCAGCUUGCACCGCCGUUUGGCUUCGACUUCUCCGUGCCGCCGCCUCCUCUCGGCUAUGCGCCACCCGGACACUUCAGCCUCCCCGCUUCUGUCCCAGCGAACACGGGACAGUCGGCGUUUCCUGCAUUCGGGUUUGGACGUAGUUGUAGAUCGGCGGUGCAAGAAGAGAAAGCAAAUGAGGCGGAAGUGCAAAGGACGCAGGAUCUUCAGUGGGUCAAACAGUUCCUGCUGGCGAGGAAUAAAAGCGCGUGUAGUUCAAAGGGGUCGGUGGGGCAACGUCAGGUCAACGUGUCCGAGGUACGAGAGCGCGUGAGCCGCGCAGCUCAGCUGGUCUCCGGACUGAUGGAGACCUGCGAGAGCCUGAAGCUCCUUCAGGAGCACCAGGACCAAUGGGAGCAGGUUUACCGUGAGGCUCUGGCGAUGAGAGCAGAAGUGGAAGAGAACCUUUCUCGACUCACCGAAGGAGACUUUCUGGACAGAGUGAAGAACAAACUCACACGAAUAUCUAAAAGGAGACAGCAGAUUCACAGACGCAGGGAGGUUCUGGACCUGGAGGCCAGACAGAGAAACCAGGCAGUUGCUGAGAAAGAAAGCGAUAUUGACAAGUGGAGAGCUGAGCGGAUACUUGAGGUGGAGGAGAAGAAAAAGGAACAGGAGGUCAAGCUGGCUGCCGACUCAGUCCUGUGUGAGGUGCGGAAAAAGCAGGCGGACAGCAAAAGGAUGCAGGAUGUUCUCAGGUCUCUGGAGAAACUGCAUAAACUGAGGAAGGAGGCGGCAUCGAGAAAAGGGAUCCUCACGGACGCCGACAGCGAAGAGUCCUUCCACAGUCAGCUGGAGAGACUGAGGAGCGUGCUGAAGGAGAGGUCAGCCAUCUACUCCAGGGAGGAGAACGCUCUGAAGGUGAUGCUGGAGGGGGAGCAGGAGGAGGAGCGCAGGAGAGACUUGGAGCUCAGCCUCAGGAAGGAGCGAGAGAGACAGCUGCACUGGAAGCAGAAAGUAGGCGCCAUGUUGUUUGGAGAUGAGCUCCCUGCUGACCCGGCGCUGCUGCCCUACAGGGACUACUACCUUCAGGCCGAGCACUCGCUGCAUGCUCUGGUCCAGAUUCGGAGGGAGUGGGAUGUUUUCCUGGUGGCAGCUGAUCACGCAGAGGCUUCGGCAAUCCCUCAGAACUGGGUUUUACCUGAAGCCCCUUCUGACCAGCUGUGGGCCUCUGCUCUGCUCACAUCUGAAUCUCAAUGAAUAUCAACUUGUUUUUUUCUGUAUUGUUUGAUAAAAUAAAGUUUUUUGUCCUAGAA